AUGAUAGGGCCGGAGAAGUUUGCCAUACCGAGUGGAUUCUCAUUAGAGCAGUCUUUGAAUUUACUUCAUUCCAUAGCUAGAGACCAAUACCAAAACCUAAGAAACAAUUUAAAUAUCGCUAUUGAGAAAAAGGACAACAUUGAACUGCCAAGACUCUCAAAAUCCUUGGAAUCUCUCCUGUAUUAUGUAAAUGAUGGUAUGAAGAGAAUUGAAAAAGCGUUUAAACUAAAGACUAAUAUACUUACAGUUGGCGAAAAUGACUCGACGUUGAAGGAAAGCGUAGAGGAUCUUCAACUUUUAGGAUACGAUAUUAGAUUGGCCAGGAGAGAUGCUCAACUAACGUUGAAUGGUAUAGAAGAUCAAGCCAAUGGAAGAUCAUUGACAAAACUCUGGAGACGUAACAGCACCAGAAAGAUAAAAAAUGAAAGCUUAGAUGAUUCUACUGCCAUCAAAGAAGCAGAGAGAAUACUGGAAAAUAGAAAACGUAAGUUAGCUGAGAAACAAGAGCUUGAGAGAAAGAGACUUCUAGAGCUAGAAAAUCAGAGAAAGAAAUUAAUGGACCUACAGGUAAGACAGCAAGUUGAUCUUGAAGUUGCAAGUAAGUUGGAAGAAGAGGAAUUAAAACGUAAGGAAUUAGAGCUACUUGAAAGGGAGAGGGAAGAGAGAUUGGCCAGAGAGAAGGCCUUAAAAGAACAAGAAGAGGCUAAACUGAAAGAGAUGGAAGAGCAGGAAAGGCUACGAAAAGAGGUUCAACGUCAGAUUGAACUUCAUAAAGAGCAGGAGAGGAAAGAAAGAGAGCGGCAAGAAAAACUUGAAAGACAGAAAGAAGUUGAGCUAACAUCAGUAAGUAACAGAGGUAAAAAGCAAGUGUCAAGUUCUAAUGACCGUUCUGAUAUAGUGAUGAACAGGAGGUCUAUUGAUAUGGGUUCGGCUAAUAGAGAUCAUGACAGGCAAACAGAGAGAAAGAAUAAUGGCUUUCAUAUUGGAAGAGCAGCACAAGUAGCCUGGACACAAUUCCAACCUGAUGAUAUUCGCAAAAGGUAUCCUGUUAGUACUGCUACAACUAUGCUAAAAAAGCCUGUUUCAACCAUACCAAAGUUGCAGUCAUAUCAUGCUCCAAAAAAAAGAUAUGAAUACACAAAACCUGUUAUUAAUAGGGUUCAUAUCAAAGCACCUAAAAAGGCACAAACGUCGGUAGCAACAGAUAGUAAUUCUAGGGAAGUCUUCACUAAAGCUAUUAGACGGACGAAGUCUCAAAGUGCUCCUUCAUCGCCAGUAUUAGCAGAUCAGCCUAGAAGAUCGGUAGAUAGCAAGAGGCCAGCAAAAAGUUCAGAGUCUCCUAAACGUUACAUGAACGAAAGAAUUCAGAGUGUCAUGGAUACCUUGGAAGGAGUUGAUAAAAUGGCUUGUGAACAUAUACUAAACGACAUUUUAGUAGUAGAUGAAAAGGUCUACUGGGAUGAUAUAGCAGGUUUACGAAACGCCAAAAACUCACUAAAAGAGGCUGUUGUAUAUCCAUUUCUAAGACCGGAUUUGUUUAAGGGUUUAAGGGAACCUAUAAGAGGUAUGCUUUUAUUUGGGCCACCAGGUACAGGGAAAACAAUGAUUGCAAAAGCAGUUGCUACCGAAUCUAAUUCAGUCUUCUUUAGUAUUAGCGCAUCCUCAUUACUUUCUAAAUAUUUGGGUGAAUCAGAAAAGCUAGUAAGAGCGCUAUUCUACUUGGCAAAAAGAUUAGCACCUUCUAUAAUCUUUAUUGAUGAGAUUGAUUCGUUACUAACAGCCAGAUCCGAUAAUGAAAAUGAAUCAUCACGAAGAAUAAAAACUGAGGUUUUGAUUCAAUGGUCCUCGUUAUCCAAUAUUGUUGCUCAGAACGAAAACUCUGGAGGGCUCUCUGAUAACAGGGUAUUAGUUUUGGCAGCUACAAAUCUACCCUGGGCUAUUGAUGAGGCUGCUAGAAGAAGAUUUUCUAGAAGAGUAUACAUACCUUUACCUGAUUACGACACUAGAUUGAUGCAUAUCACCAAACUACUAUCUAAACAACCCAACAACUUGACAAUAAGCGAAUACGAAGAGGUAGCCAGGAUGACAGAGGGAUAUUCCGGAUCGGACUUAACUGCACUAGCAAAGGAAGCAGCCAUGGAACCCAUCAGGGAAGUUGGUGAUCGCCUGAUGGAUAUUAAAAAUGAGACCAUUAGAGGGGUAACAUUUGAAGACUUUAAAAACGCACUAGCUACCACUAAAAAAAGUGUGUCACAACAAUCUUUGAAGCAGUUUGAUGAUUGGUCGACUGAAUAUGGAAGCACUGGGGUCUAA